UCCUCGAUUGAAACGCACCACAUUCGCAGAAAGAAAGCGGCGGUACUAACAUUUUAGGUGAAACCAUUGUGUGGCUGCAAACUCCUUCAUUUUCAACUGAACAUUGCACCAGUUGCACAGACUUGUGCUUCUAGACGUGGUGGUAGGCUGGUAAGGGGAGUUUGAGGAGCUAGCGCUGCUAGCUUUGUUUUAUUUCCGCCGGUGUGGUAGCGCGCAGCGCAGGCCUCAGGGAUGGCGGACGUCACCGCGCGAAGCCUCCAGUACGAGUAUAAAGCGAACUCCAACUUAGUGUUGCAAGCUGACCGAUCGCUGAUCGAUCGAACACGUCGCGAUGAGCCCACGGGGGAGGUUCUGUCUCUGGUGGGAAAAUUGGAGGGCACCAAAAUGGGAGACAAAGCCCAGAGGACCAAGCCCCAGAUGUUGGAAGAGAGACGGGCAAAGAGGCGUAAGCGAGAUGAGGACCGACAUGAUAUUAACAAGAUGAAAGGCUUCACAUUGUUGUCAGAGGGCAUUGACGAGAUGGUGGGCAUCGUCUACAAACCCAAGACCAAGGAGACUAGAGAAACUUAUGAGGUUCUGCUGAGCUUCAUUCAGGCAGCUCUAGGUGACCAGCCGCGGGACAUCCUGUGUGGUGCAGCAGAUGAGGUCCUGGCCGUACUGAAGAAUGAGAAGAUGCGGGAUAAGGAGCGUCGCCGGGAAGUGGAACAGCUGCUGGGACCGACAGAUGACACACGCUACCAUGUGUUAGUCAACCUGGGCAAGAAGAUCACAGAUUACGGCGGGGAUAAGGAGCUCCAGAAUAUGGAUGACAAUAUUGAUGAAACAUACGGAGUAAAUGUGCAGUUUGAAUCCGACGAAGAGGAAGGGGAUGAGGACCAGUUUGGGGAAGUCCGUGAAGAGGGAUCUGAUGAAGACAAUGAGGGUGUGGAGGCUGAUAUAGGUCUAACCCUCACAGCAAAUCUUGGAACAACUGGAGAUGCCAUGACCGCCAAGAAGAAAGACUUGCACCCUCGAGAUAUCGAUGCCUUUUGGCUGCAGCGUCAGCUCAGCCGCUUCUAUGAUGAUGCUAUUGUUUCCCAGAAGAAGGCUGAUGAAGUCUUGGAGAUUCUCAAGACGGCCAGUGAUGACAGGGAGUGUGAAAACCAGUUGGUGCUGCUGCUGGGCUUCAAUACUUUCGACUUCAUCAAAAUCCUUCGGCAGCAUCGCCGAAUGAUCCUAUACUGUACUAUGUUGGCCAGUGCCCAAAGUGAAGCUGAGAAGGAGAGGAUUAUAGGAAAGAUGGAGGCUGAUCAGGACCUGUCCAAAGUGCUCUACCAGUUGCAGGAGACCGAGAAGGAAGACAUAAUUAGGGAAGAGCGGUCCCGCAGAGAGAGGGUUCGUAAAUCUCGUGUGGACAAUGAUUUGGAGGCCAUGGACUUGGACCCUGGUGAGAGCCUGGCUCCACGGCAGCUGCUGGACCUGGAGGAUCUGGCCUUCAGCCAGGGUAGUCACUUUAUGGCCAACAAGCGCUGCCAGCUUCCCGAUGGGUCCUUCCGCAAGCAGCGCAAGGGUUAUGAGGAGGUCCAUGUCCCUGCUCUCAAGCCUAAGCCCUUUGCUGAGGAUGAGGUACUGGUGGCCAUUGAGAAGCUUCCCAAGUAUGCCCAGGCUGCGUUUGAAGGAUUCAAAACACUUAAUCGAAUCCAGAGCAAACUGUUCAAAGCUGCUCUGGAGACAGAUGAGAACCUGCUGGUGUGCGCUCCCACGGGGGCAGGGAAGACCAAUGUGGCCUUGAUGGCCAUGCUGCGAGAGAUCGGGAAGCACAUUAACCUGGAUGGUACCAUUAAUGUGGAUGACUUCAAAAUCAUUUACGUUGCGCCCAUGCGUUCUCUGGUACAGGAGAUGGUGGGCAGCUUUAGCAAGCGCCUGGCCAGCUACGGAAUCACAGUUGCCGAGCUAACGGGGGACCACCAGCUCUGCAAAGAGGAGAUCAAUGCUACUCAGAUCAUAGUCUGCACCCCUGAGAAAUGGGACAUCAUCACACGCAAGGGUGGAGAGCGUACCUACACCCAGCUGGUUCGCCUCAUCAUCGUUGAUGAGAUCCACCUUCUACAUGAUGACCGGGGGCCGGUCCUGGAGUCACUGGUGGCCCGCACUAUCCGUAAUGUGGAACUGACCCAGGAGGACGUGCGUCUGCUGGGCCUGAGCGCCACACUGCCCAACUAUGAGGAUGUGGCUACCUGCUUACGUGUAAACCCUGCGCGGGGACUCUUUUACUUUGACAACAGUUUCCGUCCUGUUCCUCUGGAGCAAACCUAUGUGGGCAUCACUGAGAAGAAGGCAAUUAAGCGCUUCCAGAUCAUGAAUGAAAUAGUGUAUGAGAAGAUCAUGGAACAUGCUGGCAAGAACCAGGUUCUGGUGUUUGUUCACUCCAGGAAGGAGACUGGGAAGACUGCUCGUGCCAUCCGGGACAUGUGCCUAGAGAAGGACACACUGGGGCUGUUCCUCAGGGAAGGUUCUGCCUCCACUGAGGUCCUGAGGACUGAGGCGGAGCAGUGCAAGAAUCUGGAGCUGAAAGAUCUGCUGCCAUAUGGGUUUGCCAUCCACCAUGCCGGCAUGACUCGCGUUGACCGCACCUUGGUGGAGGAUCUCUUCGCUGACCGCCACAUCCAGGUUUUGGUAUCCACGGCAACUUUGGCCUGGGGUGUCAACCUGCCAGCACACACUGUAAUAAUCAAGGGCACCCAGGUGUAUAGCCCUGAGAAGGGCCGCUGGACAGAGUUGGGGGCCUUGGAUAUCCUCCAGAUGCUGGGUCGAGCUGGGCGUCCACAGUAUGACACUAAGGGUGAGGGCAUUCUGAUCACCUCACAUGGUGAGCUGCAGUACUACCUCUCCCUGCUUAACCAGCAACUGCCCAUCGAGAGCCAGAUGGUAGGCAAACUGCCAGAUAUGCUCAAUGCUGAAAUCGUGCUGGGCAACGUGCAAAACGCCAAGGAUGCUGUGAACUGGCUGGGUUAUACCUAUUUGUAUGUGCGCAUGCUGCGGAAUCCGACCCUCUAUGGUGUCUCCCACGAUGAGCGCUCGUCUGACCACCUUCUUGAGAGGCGCCGGCUGGAUUUGGUCCAUACGGCUGCUAGCAUGCUGGACAAGAACGGUCUCAUUAAAUAUGACAAGAGGACAGGCAGCUUCCAGGUAACAGACCUGGGCCGCAUUGCCAGCCACUUCUACAUCACCCAUGACUCCAUCCACACAUACAAUCAGCUGCUGAAGCCAACGCUAAGCGAGAUUGAGCUGUUUCGUGUGUUCUCCCUCUCCUCCGAGUUCAGGAACAUCACUGUUCGUGAGGAAGAGAAGCUGGAGCUUCAGAAGCUUCUGGAGAGAGUUCCUAUCCCUGUGAAAGAGAGCAUAGAGGAACCCAGUGCCAAGAUCAAUGUGCUGCUGCAGGCAUACAUCUCGCAGCUGAAGCUAGAAGGCUUUGCACUGAUGGCUGACAUGGUUUAUGUCACACAGAGUGCUGGUCGUCUCAUGCGAGCCAUUUUCGAGAUUGUGCUAAGCAGGGGCUGGGCCCAGCUAACCGACAAAACCCUAAACCUCUGUAAGAUGAUUGACAAGAGAAUGUGGCAGUCCAUGUCCCCACUGAGACAGUUCCGGAAGCUUCCUGAGGAGGUGAUCAAGAAGAUUGAGAAGAAGAACUUCCCGUUUGAGCGGCUUUACGACCUCAACCACAAUGAAAUUGGUGAGCUGAUUCGCAUGCCAAAGAUGGGGAAGACCAUCCACAAGUAUGUGCACCAGUUCCCCAAACUGGACCUGGCAGUUCACCUGCAGCCAAUCACCCGCUCCACACUCAAGGUGGAGCUCACAAUCACACCUGACUUCCAGUGGGACGACAAGGUACAUGGCUCCUCAGAAGCCUUUUGGAUCCUGGUGGAGGAUGUGGAUAGUGAGGUCAUCCUGCACCACGAAUACUUUCUGCUGAAAGCCAAGUAUGCCCAGGAUGAGCACUUGGUGACAUUCUUUGUACCAGUAUUUGAGCCUCUGCCACCCCAGUACUUUAUCCGCGUGACUUCGGACCGCUGGCUGUCCUGUGAGACCCAGCUGCCUGUGUCAUUCCGUCACCUGAUCCUGCCAGAGAAGUACCCACCACCCACAGAGCUGCUCGACCUGCAACCCCUACCUGUUUCUGCCUUGCGGAACUCUGCGUUUGAGAGCUUGUACCAGGACAAAUUCCCCUUCUUCAACCCCAUCCAAACGCAGGUGUUCAAUGCGAUUUACAACAGUGAUGACAAUGUGUUUGUGGGGGCGCCCACCGGCAGUGGGAAGACCAUCUGCGCAGAGUUUGCAAUACUUAGGAUGCUCCUGCACAAUUCAGAAGGCCGCUGUGUUUAUAUUACCCCUAUGGAGGCACUUGCUGAGCAGGUGUUUGUGGACUGGCACCAAAAGUUUCAGGAUGCCCUGAACAAGAAGGUGGUCCUUCUAACGGGAGAGACCAGCACUGACCUGAAGCUGCUGGGAAAAGGAGACAUAAUUGUUAGCACACCUGACAAGUGGGACAUUUUGUCCCGGCGCUGGAAGCAACGCAAGAAUGUGCAGAAUGUCAGCCUCUUCAUUGUGGACGAGACCCAUCUGAUUGGGGGAGAAAAUGGGCCGGUGCUGGAGGUUAUCUGUUCCAGAAUGCGUUACAUCUCCUCCCAGAUUGAGCGACCCAUCCGCAUUGUGGCUCUCAGCUCCUCACUGUCCAAUGCCAAGGAUGUGGCACACUGGCUAGGGUGCAGCACCACUGCCACUUUCAACUUCCACCCUAACGUCCGCCCUGUGCCACUGGAGCUUCACAUCCAGGGCUUCAAUGUGAGCCACACCCAAACCCGACUGUUGUCGAUGGCGAAGCCUGUGUACCACGCCAUCAUGCGGCACUCCCCCACCAAGCCAGCCCUUGUGUUUGUGCCAUCCCGCCGACAGACGCGCCUCACUGCCAUUGACAUCCUCACCUUCUGUGCUGCUGAUGUUGUUGCUCAGAGAUUUCUUCACUGCACGGAGAAGGACCUGGCUCCCUUCCUAGAAAAGAUCACUGAUGGCACCCUGAAGGAGACGCUGGCCAAUGGAGUGGGAUACCUUCAUGAAGGCCUGUCCCCUACCGAGCGCAGGAUUGUGGAGCAACUCUUCAAUUCUGGGGCCAUACAGGUGGUGGUGGCAUCGCGCUCCCUCUGCUGGGGUGUCAACAUUGCAGCCCACCUGGUCAUCGUCAUGGAUACGCAGUAUUACAAUGGCAAAAUCCAUGCCUACGUGGACUACCCAAUCUAUGAUGUGCUCCAGAUGGUGGGAAAGGCCAACCGUCCUCUACAGGAUGACGAGGGACGCUGUGUCAUCAUGUGCCAGGGUUCCAAGAAGGAUUUCUUUAAAAAAUUCCUGUAUGAACCAUUACCAGUGGAGUCCCACCUGGACCACUGCCUGCAUGACCACUUCAAUGCUGAGAUUGUCACCAAAACUGUGGAAAACAAGCAGGAUGCAGUGGACUACCUGACCUGGACUUUCCUGUACCGCCGUAUGACCCAAAACCCCAACUACUACAACCUGCAGGGAAUGUCCCACCGGCACCUUUCAGACCACUUGUCUGAGCUGGUGGAGAACACACUGAACGAUCUAGAGCAGUCCAAGUGCAUCAGCAUUGAAGACGAGAUGGAUGUAGCACCACUGAACCUGGGCAUGAUAGCUGCCUACUACUACAUCAACUACACAACCAUUGAAUUGUUCAGCAUGUCACUCAAUGCCAAGACGAAAAUUCGUGGCCUAAUUGAGAUCAUCUCCAAUGCUGCUGAAUACAAAAACAUUCCUAUCAGGCACCAUGAGGAUACUCUGCUCCGACAGUUGGCCCAGAAAGUGCCCCACAAGCUGAACAACCCCAAGUUCAAUGACCCCCAUGUGAAGACCAACCUGCUGCUUCAGUCACACCUGUCACGCAUGCAGCUGAGUGCAGAGCUGCAGUCUGACACUGAGGAGAUUCUCAGCAAGGCAGUACGUCUGAUCCAGGCAUGUGUGGACGUACUGUCUAGCAAUGGCUGGCUGAGUCCAGCACUGGCAGCCAUGGAGCUGGCCCAGAUGGUGACCCAGGCCAUGUGGUCCAAGGACUCCUACCUGAAGCAGCUGCCACACUUCACCUCAGAGCAUAUCAAGCGCUGUACCGACAAGGGAGUGGAGAGCAUCUUCGACAUCAUGGAGAUGGAAGACGAGGAGCGCACCAACCUGCUGCAGCUGACUGACACACAGAUGGCCGACGUGGCUCGCUUCUGCAACCGCUACCCCAACAUCGAGCUGUCCUACGAGGUAGCUGACAAGGACAGCAUCAAGAGUGGAGGCCCAGUUCUGGUUCUGGUCCAGCUGGAAAGGGAGGAGGAAGUGACGGGGCCUGUAAUUGCUCCUCUGUUCCCCCAGAAAAGAGAGGAGGGCUGGUGGGUGGUAAUUGGGGACCCCAAGUCCAACAGCCUCAUCUCCAUCAAGAGACUGACACUGCAGCAGAAAGCAAAGGUGAAGCUGGAUUUUGUUGCCCCGGCGCAGGGAGUACACAACUACACGUUGUACUUCAUGAGCGAUGCCUAUAUGGGCUGUGACCAGGAGUACAAGUUUAGUGUGGACGUGAAGGAGGCCGACAGCGAUGGGGACAGCGACUCGGACUGAGUCUAGCCGGUCAUUGUUAAACACCUUUUCUUAUAUGCCUCUUUGUGUUCAGAGUUACGGAAAAAUUCAAGUAGUCUACUGAUAACAGGUUGAUUCCCCCCCAGAAAAAAAAAAAUUGGCCCUUUUUUUACUCUCUUAACAUAAAUGCCCUUUCCUAUAUGAAAUGUUUAAUACUUGUGAAAAUGCAGGAAGUGUGAUUACAAAUAAUGUAGAAUUGUCUUAAUUCUUUCAUUAGAUGUCUUGAGUCUGUCAUCCGCAAAAAUACUGCAGUUCAUUUCUACAAGUUAACAUUAUGUAGGCAAGGUAAGGCUGAUGUAAUGCAGAAGGACUUUGUACAGGUUUUUUUUUUUUUUUUUUUUUUUUUAAAGGUAGUCUUUUGUGCAACUGCAUAGUGGUGUCAGUGGUUGUGAAAUGAAAGCUAUAAAAUAAAAUGGUCAUGUUUCAUAAA